UAAAAAUUAAUAAUGAUUUAAAAAAAAUCUACUCUUUUAAUUGUUGCCCUCCUCAUGGCAACUAUUUAUGCUUAAACUUAAAGCAAAUUUAAUUAUUUCCAAGAUCUAAUUUAAGAUUAUACAAAGAUUGCUGAAAAAGCUUAAGCAACUGCUGAAACUAGUUAGGUAGCUUUUAAAUAUGCUUAGAAGAUUCUUUAAGAAGCUUAAGCUGCUAAUAUUAAAGCCUAAAUAGAAGUUGCUAAUUCUAAGAUUACUUAUGAAUAAGCUGUAAAAUAUUUUGAAUAAGCUUUAGAAUAAAAUAAUAAAGCUUAAUAGACCGUCGAUAAUUAACCAUUUGACAAUAAUUUGUAAAACAAAGCUGAUAAGAUUAGUGAAUUAUUGUAUAAUGCUUUCAAAAAAUAUGAUAAGUCUUUUAAUUUGUAAAGACAAGCUCAGUAAUUAUAAUAAGAAACUUAAAAAUAAUCUGAAGAAGCUUUAAAAAAUUUUAAAAGGAUUUAGCUGUUUGCUAGAUUAGAUUAGACUGUUGCUGAUUAAACUUUGCUGAUUUAUAAUCGCUAUAAAAAGGCUUUUAAUUAAUAUAAGGAUGUUAUUGAAUAGCUGAAGGCUUUAUAAGAAAAAUUUAAGUAGCCUGAAGAAAAAGUGAAGAAUGCAGAAAAAGAAGCUGCCAAGAAUGCUGAAGAAGAAGCUAAUAAGGGUGUGAAGGUUGUAAAUGAAGCUAAUAAUGAUAAAGAAAAAGCUAAGAAGAUUGACAAUAAAUAGAAUGCUGAAAAAGAAACUAGUAUGGGUGAAGAAGAAAAUCUAUAUGGUGAGAAAACAGCAAAGAAUGAUGAAGAGUCACAAAAAGAAAAAUAUGAAGAACUUUAAGAAAAAAAUAAACAAUUUAAUGAAGAAUUUGAAUAAUUACUUAAAUUUAAAGAAGAGUUUUAAUUGUUUGAAGGUGAAUUUUUACAAUUUCAGCAAGGUGAAGCUAACAACUAUGAAGAAAAAGCUAUGAGAGAUGAAAAAGAUGAAGAAGAACAAGAAGAACAAGAACAAGAAGAACAAGAACAAGAAGAAGAAGAAGAAGAACAAGAAGAAAAUGAAAAAGAAGAAGCUAUGGGAGAUGGUGAUGAAACUAAAAAAAUUGAUAAUUAAAAUGAUGUUGAAAUAUAAUUUUCGAAGGAUGAAGAAGUUAAGAAUACUGAAUAAGAAGCUAUGAAAAAUGAAAAAGAAACUAAAAAUUUUGAAGAUUAAAAGAAGGAUGAUGAAGAAGCUAUGAAAGAUAAAGAAGAAACUAAAAAUCUCGAAGAGUAAAAGGAUACUGAAAUAGAAGCUUCGAAAACCAAAAAUUUUGAAGAUUAAAAAAAGGAAGAUGAAACUAAAUAGCUCGAAGAUUAAAUGAAGGUUGAAAUAGAAGUUUCAAAGGAUGAAAAAGCUAAAAAGUCUGAAUAAGAAGCUAUGAAAGGUGAAGAAGAAACUAAAAAUCUCGAAGAUUAAAAGAAUGCUGAAAUAGAAAAUAAAACUGAAAUUGUUAGAGAUAAUGCUAAUCCUUCUUACGGAAGGGUUAUCUAAACAGCCUUAGCUAUUACUGCUAUUUUAUUCGUUCUUUGA